AUGCUUUCGCAAGGCGGGCCUCUAGGGAGUGGUAAGUGCGCAGCGCGGCGUCGACAAGGGAGAUGGCGUCGCCGAUGGACAGCAUGGUACGGUUUGGGCGGUGGGGAGCAUGGAAUCGGUCGAGCAAUGGGUGACGAUGGAACGAGUGACGAGUGUGCGGGUGGUACCACGGUAAGAGAUGACUAUGCGAUUGAAUUUGCCCCCGCGACGUCAACUUUUUUAAGAAACUGUAAGAAAUGAUUGGAA